AGACAUAUGACAGACUAAUCAUUAGCCAUAACCUGCAAAAAUCAAAGAUCUUGAAUAUUUUAAAAUCAGAGCUUAAAAUUAUAUUUUGUUUUUCUUUCCUCAUUAGAUAGUGAUUAGAUACUGCAGCAGUCAUUUACUUUUUUCUGUAAUUCCUCAGCUGUCUUAAAAUACCAAUAUAAUGUUUUGUAGACAUAUAUUACAAGCUACGAAUCGUUUAAUUGGUCAGAGCAGCAUGAAUAUCCAAUAUAUAGGCUGUAGGAAUAUUAAACGAUGGGUGGCUCCAACUAUGAAAGAACUAAGUAGAAGACGUAAGAAGGUAGGCCCGGAUCCAAACAAACCUAGGUCAUCAUAUCUAGAGUGGAAUUAUGAUGUUGAACUACAUUGUUUUCAAAAUAGAAUAGGAGAAACGUUUGAUAAAAAUAUUUUAAGCGAAGCCCUGGUCCAGAGGGAAUAUGCCAAUAUUCAGGAAUUCAAAGCUAAAGAAGAAGGGAACGAAUCUUACAUUCCUGAACAACAUAAUUACGACUUGGCUAAAGAUGGCAAUGCAAUUAUAUCCGAUUACAUCAAAGAAGAAUAUUCAAAAAAUUAUCCUGAAGAAAUUGCUAUAACAGUACAAAAGUAUCUUACAACAGAUGAAAUGUUAGCACACAUUGCUAAGCAUUUAGGCUUCACCGAUCUUAUUAAGGCUGUUGAAUAUCCACUCGAAGAAAGAACUUUGGCAGAUUCUUUUAAAGCAUUAGUUGCUGCAUUAUCUUUAUCAAGUGAUCUCGAGAGAGCCCAAUUAUUUGUAAAAGACUUUGUAAUUGCACAAAUGAAUGGCAAAGAUAUUUAUGAUAUUUGGACACCAGAAAAACCUUAUGAAUAUGUAGUGAAACUUUUAGAGCAAAGAGGUAUUAAAAAAGUGGAACCGAGAUUAUGUAAUCAAAGUGCAGUUAAUACCAUUUUGGCAAAUUACCAAGUGGGUCUUUAUGAUAGCAACAAUAAAAGCUUACUAGGAAUAGGCUGGGGAGAAAAUGUACAAAUAGCUAAAGACACAGCAGCUUUGGAUGCAAUUCAAAGACUGUAUAAUAGUUAUGCCAGAAAAUAAAAGUAAAAUAAUUUGUUUUUAGGGCCACAAAUUAAAAUUGAUCGGUAUUGAUAAAUUAUAAUAUUUUUAUUAAGAAAUAAAUUUGAAUACAAUAUUGUUGCAGAAAAUGCACCCUGUAUAUUAUGAAUAUUAAAAUAUUUGUAAAGUACUUGAGAAAGAGGCAUUACUAUAUCCUCAGAACACGAACUUGUGCAUACAAUGACAAUUGUUAAACUACUUUUAAAUACAUAUUAUAAUUCAGAAAAUAA